UCCGACCCUUUCUGCGUCUACGAAUCAACAAAAUUGCAUUGCCAGAACACUUCACCCGGUAUGUCAACCCCCAAUUUUUUUUUUCAUGAGGUGCACAGCAGAUCUGCAACAAGAGGUCUGCAGACCUUUAGGAUGCACAGCAAACCCAAAACACCCCCACCAAACCAGCUAGCUAGGUACCUGUCUAUCUAUCGGUCCUACAAAAAGCAACUUCUCCACCCCGAUCCUCAACCUUUCUUCCCUCACAUUUCAACUUCUGACUAACUCCUCGAACAGCAAACACACACCCACUGAACGAAACCCCCAAUAACUACAGACAACCGCCAUCAUGGGUGCUCUCGAUGUCCUCAGCCGCAAGUCCGGUGUAAUUGUUGGUGACGAUGUCCUCAAGCUCUUCAACUACGCGCAGGAGCACAACUUUGCUAUCCCGGCCAUUAACUGCACCUCCUCCUCCACCGUGGUUGCUUCGCUCGAGGCUGCUCGCGAUGCCAAAUCGCCUAUCAUCCUCCAGAUGUCCCAGGGUGGUGCCGCCUAUUUCGCAGGAAAGGGUGUUGCCAAUGGCAAGCAGGAGGCCUCCAUCGCCGGUGGAAUUGCUGCUGCUCACUACAUCCGCUCCGUUGCUCCAGCCUACGGCAUUCCAGUUAUCUUGCACACCGACCACUGCGCCAAGAAGCUUCUCCCAUGGUUGGAUGGUCUUAUGGAUGCCGACGAGAAGUACUUUAAGGAGCACGGCGAGCCUCUGUUCUCCAGCCACAUGAUUGACUUGAGCGAGGAGGAGGUUGACUGGAACAUUAAGACCACUGCAGAGUACCUUAAGCGUGCUGCCCCAAUGAAGCAAUGGCUCGAGAUGGAAAUCGGCAUCACCGGUGGUGAGGAGGAUGGUGUCAACAAUGAGGAUGUCGACAACAACUCUCUUUACACCCAGCCAGAGGAUAUCCUUGCCAUCUACAAGGCCCUCUCCCCUAUCUCUCCAUACUUCUCCAUUGCCGCUGGUUUCGGGAACGUUCACGGUGUCUACAAGCCCGGAAACGUCAAGUUGCACCCAGAGCUCCUCGGCAAGCACCAGAAGUAUGUAAAGGACGCUAUUGGAGCCAAGGAGGACAAGCCAGUCUUCUUGGUCUUCCACGGUGGAUCUGGAUCUACCAAGCAGGAGUUCUUGGAUGCCAUUAGCUAUGGUGUCGUCAAGGUCAACCUUGACACGGAUCUCCAAUAUGCCUACCUUACCGGUAUCAGAGACUACGUUUUGAACAAGAAGGACUACUUGAUGACCCAAGUCGGCAACCCUGAUGGAGAGGAUAAGCCAAACAAGAAGUACUUCGAUCCCCGUGUCUGGGUUCGUGAGGGAGAGAAGACCAUGUCUACCCGUGUUGCUGAGGGACUCAAGGACUUCAACACCGCUGGUCAACUAUAGCUUCUUUACACGGUUGAUGGUUGAACUUUUUGCGUUGUGAAUGGAUUAAGGAUAAGUCUGGUGUUGACUAGGGUUUGGGAAUGAGAUUGCAUUGCCUGAAAAUGGCGUAGUAUAGUUGAAUGAAUCAGAAUGCCGAAAUGUACCAACCUGGAG